AUGCUUGUUGUUUUAGGUUGGAUAACACUUUCUUUUAUCCACCUGGGCACUGUCAAUAGCCGCUAUCUGGAUGAAGGGCGCAGUGUUGCUGUUGAGUCGCUGGAACUUUUGGAAAAGUCAGAAGAAUUUAUUGACGAUGCCAUUGUUGGAGCAAAGUCGUUUGAAGCAACGGAAGACACCGGAGAUGAACCUUUUCUGAUAUUCCGACCGAAAGUUUUCGACUUGGCACCUUCUGAGUCAGAUUACGAAAAUGAAGUGAAGAAUGCUGAUGAAGAUUUUUGA